GGAGGAUUAAGUUGACGAAGUUGUCCCCGCGGCCGCGCACUCCUUGUGGAACAGCAGCGUAAGCCGGUUUCCUCGCGUCGUGGUCUAUACUAUGACAAAAUGAGAGACCGACUCUUUGAGCUUCAUGAGCUAUCAAGGCUUUAUGGCCAACAUACUCGUAAUGUAGAUGAUGGCUUCCAAUUAUCUCGUGAAACCCUUCUGUUUGAGACAGAUUAUGCCUUAGCAAAUCUAUACAAAGACAUUCAAGCAAUCCGAACAAACAAUAAUCACUUGAAAGGAGAUGUUCGGCGUCUGAGCAAACAAAAUGCCCGCUUUCUUACAUCUAUGCGCCGCCUCAGCAGCAUUAAACGUGAUACUAACACAAUUGCAAAAGACAUAAAGGCCCGUGGAGAAGAAAUCCACAGGAAACUUCAGGCUUUGAGAGACUUCAGUGAAGAUGCAGAAACAAAAUAUGGUUCCAACUCUAUCAUAGCCCGUGUAUCAAAGGACCACUAUGUUGAUCUAAUGCAUACUUUUCAAGAAGCUAUGUUUGAAUACAACGAGACAGAGAUGAACCAGCGGGAUAACUGCAAGAAUAGGAUUCAGCGACAGCUAGAGAUCAUGGGCAAGGAUGUGUCUGGGAAUCAAAUAGAGGACAUGAUUGAGCAAGGCAGGUGGGAUGUUUUCUCUGAGAACCUUCUGUCUGAUAUCAAGGGAACUCGUUCAGCCUUGAAUGAGAUAGAGACCCGGCACAAAGAGCUAAUGAAGUUGGAGUGUCGAAUAAGGGAGGUCCACGAGCUAUUCUUGCAAGUAGCACUGUUGGUGGAAGAGCAGGCUGACACAUUUAAUGUUAUUGAGUUCAAUGUGCAGAAUGUUGCAGACUAUGUUGGAGAAGCAAAAGGUGAAGUGAGAAGAGCCCUAGAAUAUAGGAGGAAACAUCCAUUCCGGACAAUCAUCUGCUGUUGUUUAAAAUGUUGUAAGGGAUGGUAACUGCUGGUUGCCUUUAAAUCUCUAGAUCAACAUUGUGGGGAGUGUUCAAAUUACUAUACAUUUUAUAAUAAAGUUGCUAGUAUCAUAGCCAGUUCAAUGCCAUUUUCUUGGAGGAAAGAAAAGAGGAUGAAACUAAAGAACUAUAAAGGAACAGGAGUCUAGAUAGUAUAUUUUAGACCACUGUUGUGCACCCAUGAUUCUAGAGUUCUGAUACACACUUAAUUAUAAAUAAGAUGCUUUUUUAUAUGCAUAUUAUUGUAUAUAUUCCACAAAUAAAAGUAUAAAGUAUUUAUUUUGGUUACUCUAUGAAGGAAAUUGUUGUGUUGCUCUUUGUCUAGUAGCAUUUUUGCUUGUUGAUUGUAGAAAGGCAUGAAAAAGAAGAGAUGGGAGGAGGCAGCAGUUGCUAAUAACUGUGUAUAAAGCCACAGUUUGGGCAUAGAUAGUGAUGGAGAGGUCUCACAAGAGAGUGGGACACACCGGAUGCCACGAAGCUCGUGUAGUUCUGUCUAGAGGACUGCAGAGCUGGCUGGAGAAGAGUGAGGCUUUUGGAAGAGACGGCUUUUAUCUCUUCCCCAUGAAAUAAUUUCUACAUGAUAACAGAUCAAGGAAGGGGUGAAAACCUCACUCAGUCUUCAGCCUUUCUUAAUGCUUUUUAAUGCUUUUAAGGAUGGUCAAAGCAAAAAAAUGUAAAUGUAAAACUUCAGUAAUCAAGUAUACAAUUUCCCUACUUCACAAAGAAUACCAAAAUUCUUUUGCAACCUUCGGGGAGUAUUUUUUAUUUUUUUUGUACCGAGUUACUGUUUUUAUUGUAUUUUUAUUGUUUAAGGAAAAGAUUUCCAGUAUUG